AAGUUAGACGAAUCAGGCGGUGGAUUGUUUCACGAUUCUCGUCCGCUAGCAGUACCAAAGGUACGUUGCCGUGCCUUGACCACUUCUGGUCAGAAGGUCGAGCGAAUCUGUUCGAACAACUCGUCGAAAGUGAUCAUUCUUGCUGUUGCCACUGCGCUUUGGCGGGUCAGUCGAAUGCGACGUAAUCGGAAGAUGAUGCGUCGUGCCGGUGUGAUUCAAGUGCUCGCCAGACUGAUAGCUGUUGGUGACAGUGACCUCCUCGUACCGGUGAUGGGCAUCCUGCAGGAGUGCGCGUCCGAGAUGUCAUUUCGCGCCUCGAUACGCAGCGAAGGCAUUCUCGUCCAUCUGUUGCCAUACCUGCGCAACGACAGUCCUGAGGUGAAGAUCGCCUGCGCCCGGACUCUCUUCCAGCUGGUUCAGGACGACGAGACCCUCGAGGAACUGCAUCGCUUCAAUGCGCCUCUCAUCUUCUACCACCUUCUACAGGAGUAUGUCCCUCUGGCACAAAACGCCCUCGAGGCGGGCUGGUUGGACUGGGCCGACAUUUGGAGUGAGCUCGACCCACACAAUAUCGUCCUGUUGAAGGACCAAGAGCUCGGCUCUCCCAGUCGACUGAACUUCGCCAAAAUCAUCUCGACCAGACUGACAGAACCAAGCUUCGAGACCUCCGGUCCGACCGGCCGAAUGCAGGACGUGCUGGCCAGCUCGGGCAAGCCAGGACUGCGAGAACUUCGUCUCACCAAGAGGACGUCACGACCUCGAGACCCGGAUCCGGCCGUGGUGCCUGCUAACACGAAGCCGAAAAACGCAACGAAAAUGUCGCUCAGCUUUCAUCUGCUUCACAUUCUACUCGGAGUAGUGUGGAAGUGCGCUGGAAAACAACAGAUGCGCUACACCUUUGUGGAGUUGGGCACCACAAAACUGCUCUUACAGUUGGCCAGUUUUUUGCCGGCCUAUUUCACGCCCUACAGCCGGCCAGUAUGUUCCGUCUCGUUGCGGCUCAGUCGACAAGGCGUUCUCGAGCACAUCACCGAACAUGUGCUCUACACGUUGUCCGAGCUGGCCGAACACCAACGUGUCCGGCUUGAGGUGCUGGCCGAUGUGCAAAUCGGGCCCAUCCUCGUCGAUCUGCUGCGCUACGAGUCGUCAGCCCUGCUCAUCUCCACCAUGAAAGCCAUCACUUGUCUCUCUCGCUGCGAAAAGCUUUUAGAGCGCUUCAUCGAGCAGAAGGUCUUCCGUCAUCUCUACUCCCAUCUUCUGCAUCCUACGAUGGGUGUUAGAAGCGCCGCCCUCUUGGCUAUGCACGAAUUUCUCGCCUACACGCCCAAGAGCGAGUCCCUCGUCCGGCCGAUUGCAGGUUCGUUGUCGAACCUCAUCACCUGCCUCGUAGAGGCCUACGACGGUAUGAUUACGGCGGAAAAUCAGGAGAGGCAACAGGAGAUGGAGGCUCUUCUGGCGGCUGUCUGCUCCGUCGCUUCGAUGAUUGGUAAACAUCCUAUUCAGCGCCUCAUUCUCGUCGAACUCGGCCUGGCCGGACCACUCGUCUCUGUUAUCACCGAGGCGCACACGGACAAGAUUCGAGAAGCUGUCGCCAAGACGAUCACGGAGUUUGGUAUGGUACCGAAAAUUGCGGCACACCUCAGCAACAUGCAGGUGAGUAUGGAUUUAGGCCCCAGAUACCUUUACGCUCCAAAGCCUUCUCCGUUGACAUUACUCCCCUCUGACCCACAUUCAAAAAAGCCUGAGCUUCAAUUCCCACUGAGUGAUGUUGCUAUAUUACUCUAA